AGCCGGGCCCGGCCUGGGCUGCGCUUGCCGGUUCCUCGGCGCCUUUGGGCCCGGGGACAGAAAGACAGGGUGGCUGGGCCGCCGUGCAGACGGCUUCUGCAUUCACUGAUAGCGUCUGUCUCUGACAUUGUAGACCCCUGCCACAUUCCACACGUACAAGUGCAUAGCUUUCUGGAGUUAUGCAAUGCUCAGUCAGAAAGAUUAUGAAUUGGCCCUUCAGGAAUAAGAAGAUUGUAUAUUAAUAAUUUCUUCUUUCCACUCUACUGCAGAACAUGUACUGUUUUGGAAUUUAAAAGUAUGUCAUCAUGGCAAAAUUUCGGAGAAGGACUUGCAUCAUUUUGUCACUUUUUAUUCUAUUUAUUUUCUCUCUGAUGAUGAGUUUAAAAAUGCUGAGACCAAAUACGGCUACUUUUGGAGUUCCUUUUGGACUUGACCUUCUUCCAGAACUUCAUCAACAAACUGUUCAUUUGGAGAAAAAACUAAAUUUACCAAAGAGUGGCAGAAUCAACAGUGAAACCAAUACCAAGAAUUUAAAAAGUGUUGAAAUCACUAUGAAACCUUCCAAAGCCUCUGAACUUAUUAACCUUGAAGAACUGCCACCUCUGAAUUACUUUUUGCAUGUAUUUUAUUACAGUUGGUAUGGAAAUCCACAAUUUGAUGGUAAAUAUAUACAUUGGAAUCACCCAGUGUUAGAGCACUGGGACCCUAGAAUAGCCAAGAAUUAUCCACAAGGGAGACACAACCCCCCGGAUGACAUUGGCUCCAGCUUUUAUCCUGAGUUGGGAAGUUACAGCUCUCGAGAUCCUUCUGUCAUAGAGACUCACAUGAGACAAAUGCGCUCAGCUUCUAUUGGUGUACUUGCGCUAUCUUGGUACCCACCUGAUUCAAGUGAUGAGAAUGGAGAAGCUACUGAUAACUUGGUACCAACUAUUUUGGAUAAGGCUCAUAAAUAUAAUCUAAAGGUCACUUUUCACAUAGAACCCUACAGCAAUCGAGAUGAUCAAAACAUGUACAAAAAUGUCAAAUAUAUUAUAGACAGAUACGGAAAUCAUCCAGCCUUUUACAGGUACAAGACGAGAACUGGGAAAUCUCUUCCUAUGUUUUAUGUGUAUGAUUCCUAUAUCACAAAGCCUGAAAAGUGGGCCAAUCUGUUAACCACUUCAGGGUCUCACAGUGUCCGCAAUUCCCCUUAUGAUGGAUUAUUUAUUGCACUUCUAGUAGAAGAAAAACAUAAAAAUGAUAUUCUUCAAAGUGGUUUUGAUGGUAUUUACACAUAUUUUGCCACAAAUGGCUUUACUUAUGGUUCCUCGCAUCAGAACUGGGCUAAACUAAAAUUCUUUUGUGAUAAAUACAACUUAAUGUUUAUCCCAAGUGUGGGUCCAGGAUACAUAGAUACCAGCAUCCGGCCUUGGAACACUCAAAAUACACGGAACCGAACCAAUGGAAAGUACUACGAAGUCGGUCUAGAUGCUGCACUUCAGACCCACCCGAGUUUAAUUUCUAUCACCUCCUUUAAUGAGUGGCAUGAAGGAACCCAGAUUGAGAAAGCUGUUCCCAAAAGAACCAGUAAUACAGUGUACUUAGAUUAUCGGCCUCACAAACCGAGCCUUUAUCUAGAACUGACUCGCAAGUGGUCUGAAAAAUACAGUAAGGAAAGAACCACUUAUGCAUUAAAUGAGCAGAUGCCUGUUUCUUAAGGCAUUUAUUAGAGGUAAUUAUCAAAAAUCACCUAAUUUCAAGAAAUGCAUUCCUUUUGUUUUGAGUUAUGGAACAAUACUGUCAAUGUCUACUAUUACUGUUAUCUUUAUUAAAGUUUCUUUUUACUUUUUUAAAGACAGUAAAUACUGCACUGAGAAAGUAUUGUAGAUAAUGACUAAAAUUGAAAAUCUGCUAAAAUGGAAAUUUAAUUUUCAUAUUACAGUAGGUGAACUCUUUUGUUACAUAAACUAGCUAUCACGUGGCUAAUUCCUGUUUGUAUCCUGAGCCCAAAGAUGUAGGACUGUAUGUAUAUAUAUUGUACAUUUAACAAAGAAAAUUAAUACCUAGAAAAGAUAUUGUACAGAUUGUUUCUAAUUUUUUUCAGUGUUCAGUUUCCUUUAGUGUAUCACUAAAGACUUUAGAUAACUUCCCCAUAGUGAUAACAGUUGUCAAAAUAUAAUCGCUUCUCAGAUUUGCUGUGAAUCUAAAACCACUUUAAAUAAUAGUCUACUAUUCGUUUUAAGUUACAUACCUUAAACCUUACUGUGAAUCAUGUUGCGUCAGGAAGACUUGGUUUUUGCAGCAUAGUCUGUACCAUCGUUUGAAGAUUUUUCCUAAACCAUUACAUCCUAAGUGUUUGGCAUGCUUCUGCUUUACUAUGCUGUAUAGUAUUUCAGACUUUAGAAACUAUGACAAGCACUUUUAUAGAAGUUAAUGAUUGUAUCUCAAUUAUUAGGAAAAUGUUUCACAAUUGUUAUGCAUAAAUGAUGCCACAAAUACUAUUAUUUUCAGAAUACCACGUCAAUCUCUUACUAUUCUAUUAUUUAGUCUUAAAAUUUAAUAUUCCUCAGACAUUAGCUGAGAAAGAAGAAUAUUCAUUCUAUCAUUGAGUUGUCGUUUAACAUUUUGUUUUUUAUCAAAAAUAGCAAAGAACAUGUACUUACCAUUUCAGAUAUUACAGACAUGGAAACAAAAGCUUGUUAUAUAUUUAAAAUAAUUCCUGAGAGGACAGUAGUUUAAAUUCUUGUACAUAAUGAUAUAUAUCCCCAUUUAUAUAGUGAUAUCCCCAUUUAAAAAUGUAAUACAGUUUAGAUAUCUAUCAGUUUAAAAUAGUUGUGAUCAAUAACUAUCACAUUGUGGCAAAUGGAUCAUUUAUAUGCUAAAAGUCUUUCAUAACAGGGCCAUAAUUCACAUCUCUCUGCUGGGUGGUUUGAACCACCAAUGGUAAAUACACGACUAUCCCAUGUAUAACUGUGCACCACGAGUGGUACAAACCAGUGGGACAGUCAUUGGGUGUCACCGGUGGUUCAAGCUGGUGAGAAGGUGUCAAAACUAAGAAUAAUAAUAAAAAGGCACUCUAUUGUUUUAAUUGUUUGUAACUAUACACUAAAAAGCAUCUAAGACAUCAUUUUAUAUAAAUAUUAUCUCAGAUAUUUGAUUCUAUUAAGAGAAGUAGUAGGGUAAUAUGAACAAGCAGUUAUAUAAAUCUUUUGAGUAUAGACAUUCAGGAACAAAUUAGCACUGAGAUUUAUCAUAAAAUAGCCUACCAGGUGAUAAAAUGAAUUUUUAAACACGGAUUUUGAAGUAAAACAUUAUGUUUUUAAAACGAAGCAUGCCUAACAUUAAACUGCUUUAUAACUUAAGAAUUUUCUAUUUCUUAGAGAAUGAUCAGGCCAUUGAAGAUUACUACAGUGCUAGUAAUCUGAUUAUUUUCUGGAGAAAGUUAUAAGGCUAAAUCAGUGUGAUGAUAUUUUGAUAUAACUAAGCAUCUUCAUAGGAACAAAAAUACAGUUGUAGCCUGUGGAUUUUUUUAUAUACAGUUAGCCACUAUAUGUUAUUUUAAAUUGUUAUAAACGUGUACCUAGUAAUAUUUUAUAACAUACAUAUUUUAUUACAUUUUGUUGGAGAAAUAAAUGUCAACUGUAUAGAUUUU